AUGCAUUUGGCUGGAUUGUUUUUCGGUGCGCUAGUCCUGACAUUUGCCUCAGCGGAAAUGGAUGCUGUCGCAGACAAUACCCUUGAAACCAGCAUCCUCAAAGACGCGGUUUUUGUUUCCAGCGCCUAUAACGAACAACAAAAGGCUAUUUCACUCAAUCUAUUAAACCGCAUAGCCACAUAUAUAUCCUCCUCUGCCACUAUUGACUCUGAGGAACCAAACAAAUUAAUUAACAUUGACAAUAUCUUACUAUCUGACCUGGACAUUGACAAUCUCGGAGACUCUAAAAAAUUAGUCAAAGACCUGUACAACAAAGUCCAUGUCCAGCUCUCAAAUGAUUACCGAUACACAUUUAACAAACCAGCUGCCAUGCCCACCACCACAAGCUCAGGAACAAGCAGUGCCACGGCGAGCCAAAGUAUGCUGAUGAUUCCGUUUGGCAGCCUGUUUUCCUUUGGCAGCGGCAACAUUAAAUACGUUGCCGAACUACUGGAUACCCUAUCUCGCGUUGAUCCGUUGUACGUGGAUAUUUUGGCACCAAUGUUUGGCAUCAGCGGCGAAGGUCUCAAAACCCCAGAGAGUUCCAAAUUAGUCGCCCGGCUGCUAAAAAUAAUAGGUGGCAUUGGCGACCGUGCACUAGUGCAUAUAUCCGGAGUCAGCGCAAGCAACAUCAACGAUCCACUCACGCUCAACGGCAAAUUCCUAAUGCGCCUAAGUAAUAUCCUUGCUAUGGACGCCAAGCAUGUAAACCAAAUAACCGAGCUAUUCAUCAGUAUCUCCGAAAUGCGCGUGAUCGAAAUGAAGCUGUUUCUCAAAGACCUCGGAUGGGAUACACCGGCAAACAACGUGUGGAUGAAUCCCAAGCCGAAUGAGCCCGGAACCAUGCCAAACUUUAGCUACAUCCUGACGCUUGGCGACCAGACGUUGAUGGAAAUAACGCGUGCAGCUAAAUCAUACACCCCGAAUAACGUGCAAACCAAGCAGGAUAUGAAAGCCCUGAAAACAAGCAUCAUCGAAGCAAUGGACAAGACAAGGUACUUUUGGAGCGAAAUUCAAAACCAACACCUAUCCUACUUCACCACUCAAACCGCCGACCCUAUUCGAUCCACUUUGGUGCAGUUGACUAAUAUUGGCAGCAAAAACAUUGGCUCGUCAAACUGGCAACUGUCGCAAUUCAACUUUAAUGAAUUUGGAAAGCCCAUUACCACGCCGACAAAGACAACUCCACAGUCUACGAAUUCCUUCCACACCUUGCCCCCUAUAAGUGAACUGCCUGCGCAGCAGAUCAGUAGCUUGGCCUCGGCCAUUUUUGGCGAAAGCGCAUCGGCAUUUAUGUCGAAUUAUUUCCAAGGCAUAUUGAUCAUCAACAACGACAAAACCAAAUACGACCGCGACCACGACCACAACAACAAAACAAAGUUCAAGUACAACAAAUACCAUAACAACAGAUACAACGAGUAA